UUCACAUCUGUGCCAUCAAGCAAGGUGACAUCAUGAGGGUCUACGUCCUCGUGCUGCUCCUGGCGCUAGUGGCUGUGCCGGCCCGGUCGACGGAUGGGCAACGAGACGAGUCAGGAGCUGUAGUCGCCGACGCGGCCGGAGAUGCAGUUCAAGACGCGGAAAAGUCCAGAGUAGUGUCUGUUGAAGACUCCGAGGGAGAGUCCGACGAAGACUACGAGGUAGAGUCCGAGGGAGAGUUUGAUGAAGACUCAGACGAAGACUCCGAGGGAGAGUCCGACGAAGACUCCGAGGGAGAGUCCGACGAAGACUCCGAGGGAGAGUCCGACGAAGACUCCGAGGGAGAGUCUGAGGAAGAGUCUGACGGAGACUACGAUGAAGAGUCCGACAAAGAUGACUAGGAGGAGGUUAAGAAAGUGACGAAGGCAGAGGAACAAGAGGAUCCCGAGGAAGACUUGAAAUAAAUGAUUAAAGAUUGAAAAGUGCGCAUGAAUCGUAACAAAACAGCAGCUCCGCUCCAAUUAUACUUACAGGCUAACGGUGAUUAUUUGGGGGAUUUUGGAACCCCCGAAUCCCACAAAAAUGUAACGUUCAUAAAAGUCCCCUCUGUGGCUUAACAUCCCUGCUCUGCUUCUAAUUCGGAGAAUUUUACUUCAUGUAGCUGUUCUUUUUCUGUACCUGUUUUACCGGGUAACACGAGGAAUUCAAUUGCCCAAUGACCUUGGUUACCCACCACCCCCCCCAAAAAAAAAAAAUAAUAAUAAUAACGCAAGUCAAUGUAGCACCAAUCGGUAUACUAUGAAGAAAGAAAAUAAAAUUGAGUUGCCGCCCCCAACACAACUGCAAGCUCAUCGACAUCGCACGUUGAAUUAAAUCAUAAAAUCCUGAUGCGCAAAUGGUUUAAUCAUUUUCAUGCUACUUGAUUGUGGUGUUGUUUUUCAUUUCAUAAAAAAA